AUGACGCUGGAACAGGGCCCGGGCGGGUCGGAGGACGUCAAUGACUUCCUCGUGCGCAUUCGAGAGCUGGGUGAAAAGCGCGACAAGGAGGACGAAGAGCGAACUCGGAAGCUAGAAGAGGAGAUCCUACAGGGACGGAGGGAGAGAGAAGCUCGGCGUGCUGGUAGGCUGUCUUCAUUGAUUCACAUGAUGUCAACAAUCGAGCAAAAUAAACAAAUCCCACAGGGUUCACAACUGACCAUUUGCUGUAUCACAGAACGCGCGCGAUCUAUCUCCCCGACCAAAGACUCCCCUCUGAUAUUGGAUAGCUCUAUCCAGAGGGAUUCGCCUUUAAGCCCAUCUGCGUCGUCGCAAUCAAUUCUCCCCCCCGUUGACCUUCUCCCCACCACGAAAACACUUGACCUGGAUCUUGUCUCACGCCAAACCAACCCUCCUAGUGCCGAUUCGGAUAUAGACAAGAAAUCUGGUGGCAGUCCAAACAACUCCACGGAAAAUAGCACGCUCUCGCGUAGCCGAUCACGCGCUAUGUCGUGGAGACAGCGUCCACAGUCAAGAGACAUUGAAUCUUUGGCUUCGACCUUGAAGUUUCCUGGAGAUUUACCGAAAAUAACGCCGGAGGAGACGAAGAAAACUUUUGCGGCUGCGCCCGAAUCGGUAAUGUCUCGUGCGCAAAUCGCACAGUCAUUAAGCUCAAAGGAUCCGUCUUGGUUCAGUCAAACGUCUGAGCGGGGUGUUGGUUCCCAGGCCUACCGAAAAUCAUCUACUACACCUCUCUCAGAAAUACAGCUGAACGCAGGAGGUAUCAGACUUCCAGGGAUUAGCAAAGAGCCUACCAUUGGCGCAGAAUCGAGUUACGAUGGAAGCGAACGGUCGCGGUCCCCGUCUAGAGCGAGUUCUGUUUAUGGCACCAGCAGCUUCGGAAAUCGGUUUUCAAGCAUAUCCUCUGUCUCCGCGGCCGGUGGUUUGGGGUCUCCCAUCCCGAUAGCGAGUGCCUCCAAGUUUGAAGCGCGCCCAGUGUCAAGCCAUGGAGAAUCACAACCCAGCGAUCGCGUUACCAUGUCACCCUCGCAAACGCGCCUUGCCUCCGAUCGCGCGUCAUCGCCUACUAAAGGUCUCGGCGGUUUCGUCCAGAGUGCCAUGAUGAAGCGUUCUGAUAGUGUUUCAAAACGGUGGAGUGUCCAAUCGGGACCAAAUACUUUUCGAAAUAGCUUUAUUUCAAACCGCGGCGAGCUUACGCCCUCCACAGCAAGCCUUCAAUUCCCAAAACCCCAAGAGCCUUUAGCUUCGCAGGAAUCCACAUCGCGACCUGGAUCCAGUCAUAGUGAAGCUACUGUGGUUCGGCAUUCCCAGAAUACAACUUCGAAUACUGACACAGAAGAUGUCAAGGACGGUGCUGUUGCACCAAGCAACCGUUUUCCAAGAUCAUCGUUCUCAUCAUAUUCAGCAUCGAGGUCAGACUCCAUCUCAACGCCUGACGAGCUUCCCACGACCCCUUCUAAAACAAUGGAUCCCAAAAGAUGGAGCCCUACCAAGGCUUCCUGGUUAGAGAGCGCACUUAAUAAGCCUGAUUCUCCUCGACUGAAAGCUACCACCACAACCCAAGGGCCUGGAUGGAAGAAGGAUCUCACUCAUAAGAUUCGCAAUUCCCGGGAUGUCGGCCCGCUUCCAGAAUUGCCAUUGAGACCCGAGGAUUCGCGGGAGGAAAUUUCUGGACCUGUAGGAGGUUGUAAGGAGACAGUACCUGAAACCCUCCCCCAGGAACCCGUCGGGACAGAUCCUGAACACCCUGCAGAAAAUAAACCCGCAGAAAAGAAGAUAACUCAAUCACCGGCUAUACCCCCAAAAAGUCAAGACCUGGAAUCAAAAGUUCGUGCCGUCUCGAAAAGUAAUGAUUCUCUCACUCCAUCUUUGGAGAAGCCAACAAGCAACACUAGCGAAAGAUCGCCACAUAGCUUAGAGCCUGCCAAACCAGCGCCGCAGAAGCCUCUGGUUACUGAUUUUCGCGCAAAUCUCCGCCGCCGUGAAAUUCCUACUGAAAAAUCUGACAGCCAGGAGCCGGAGUUCAAAAAUGUGUUUGGAAAACUAAGGCGAACCGAGACAAAGAACUAUGUUGCUCCCGAUGAGCUUAAGGACAAUAUUCUCAGGGGUAAAGCAGCCUUGAACGUAACAGGCGGCCCAAAGAAGACAGCACGGGUUGAUGAGUUCAAGGAAAGUAUCCUAAAGCAAAAGGAAGCGAUGAAAGCCGGUGGAGGUUCUAUCAGGCGGACAGCAAACCAAGAUCGAGUUACUGCUGCCUCGAAUUCUCCUAUUCCUGAAGCUAUCGCAAGGCUCAACACACUUGGCCGGUCAGAUAGCGUGAAAAGCGGCUUAUCAACGCCGCGCAGCACUCCCAUAUCCCCCAGACCACUCCAGACGAAUAUCAUCCCUUCGAGUUUUGGCUCGGAGUCUCCUCUUCCGUCGCGUGGAAACUCGCCUACGAAACAGGCGGAUGAUGUAAAGCAAGCCAUCUCGCCGCAAGUCUCACCUACCCGUGCUAUCGCCUCUAAACCGCCCGAUGAACCUGAUCCAAAAGCUCUCUCACCAAUAUCCUCACCAGAGCCACUAGUCUCUCGGUUUACCAAAGAGACCGCUAAGGGCAAACUAGCUGGUCGUUUAAACCCAGCACUGGCUGGAAUUCUUGCGAGGGGCCCGCCUUCGGAAUUGAAGCCUCUCAAAACUGAGACUGUAACUAUUUCUAACACCCAACAAACACCGGAAACGCCAUCAGCUCCGUUAACACAUAUCACGAAAUCUCGUACAAAAGGACCUAAAAGAAGAUUACCCCAGCAAGCGAGAGUAGAAUCGCCGCUAGCUCCUUCAGUCAACAAAGCUGUACCGCCUGAUGCAAGCCGGGAUCGCCGUCCUACUAAUACUUUACCAACGAAAAGUGCAUCAAGCCUAGAGGAAAGAUUAGAAUUCUUAAAUGCUAACAAACAACGGCAGAUGGUGAUGUUAGAGGAGUCGCGAAAUGACUCGGCUAAGGCAAGGGACGUUGCUGAUGGUCAACUCGAGUUCCUACCUUCUACCACCUACUCCGCCCCCAAGGAGCCUAUCGAGCCCCUACCGGCAUCGUCUGAUUUGAGAGUCAAUGUUGAGUCGAGGGACCCGCAAAAUUCUCCUCCCCUGUCAUUCAUCUCACCCUCACAACUAGAUCAGAGCCCCGUGGUUCAAAAAAGAACGCUAUCACAUUUGGCAGAGCAGCCGAUGAUUCUUAAAAUUGAGCCGGGAAGUCCUUCAAUCGCGUUAGAUGAAACAAACUCCCCUCGUCUUUCAGGUCUUAAGGAGAAACGGUCGCGGGAAAGCAUUCCGUCGUCUGUAGGUAAACGAGUUGUGAGCCCGCCGGUGCCACCGAAACCAUCAACGAUCAAUACGAUUCAAUCCAAUCGCAAAAGCCUUGUCCCGGCCUCGCCCUUUCCGCAAACUCCUAAAGCGGCACAAAUGUUUGCUGAUUUCUUUGAUAUACAACCCAGUGCUAAAAAAAAGGUAGACAUCGACCCUUCGACUAUUCUCUCGUCCCGCUCAGGCCCAUCUCCGAAAAUUAAGACUUUGAAAAAGCAGAUAUGGGAAAUAGGCAAUGACGGAAGGAAGAAGGACUUGCCUGCCAAUCAAGAGUACAUACUUUUUGAAGAAAGUAUGUAUUUGUGUAUCCAUCAUUUCGAAGCUAGCAGUGGCUCGAAGACCACCCAAACACACUUAUGGUGCGGUGAUGGCGUCAGCGAAGGAGCCAUCGAAGAUGCUCAACUAUUUGCACGCAAAGUGGCUAGAGAAAACAAUUGCAAACUUGAAAUCUUGCGGCAAGGCAAGGAAUCGGCAAAUUUCAUACAAGCCCUGGGAGGUAUCAUCCUCACUCGUCGUGGGUCAAGCAGCCGUGCGAAUUCAUCUGCCUUGUAUAUGCUCUGUGGCCGAAGGCACCUGGGCCAGAUUGCUUUUGAUGAAGUGGAUCUAACCCCUCAGAGCCUUUGCUCGGGGUACCCGUUCAUUAUAUCGGCCAAGUUUGGCAGUUUAUACUUGUGGAAAGGACAAGGUAGCACUGCAGAUGAGUUGGGGUGCGCAAGGCUUAUUGGAAUGGAUCUCGGAUUAACCGGUGAAAUCGAAGAGAUCACCGAAGGCCAAGAACCAGCCAGCUUCUUCGACUAUUUUCCAGGAUCAAAGGAUACGCGAACGUAUUCAUCCGGCCCGCACUGGCAAUGCAAAGCAAGCAGUGAGAAAUACUGCUGUCGACUGUUUCGCAUAGACCAUGAGCUUGGCCAGGGAUUCGGUGCUGCCUUUUGGAAUCGUCGCGGAGCCAACUCGCCCGUAGCACGACCGAACGAUACAGUGCAAGAGAUAGAGCCAUUCUGCCAACGAGACCUCGAUUCAGACCAUAUCUAUGUCCUCGAUGCCUUCUUCGAGAUCUAUGUGAUUGUCGGCGCACAAGCUCAUUCCCGCUCUGCAGAGUUUGCGUCGGCUCUCGUAUUUGCGCAGGAGUAUGGUUUCCUGGCUGUUUCGGAGCAAGAUCGGCCUUUCCUUCCAAAGGGCCAUGUUGUGAUGCAUGGAUUGACGGAUGAGUGCAAAAGGGCGUUUAGAAAAUGGGAUGAUCGCCUUGCUGGCUUUGGAACUAGCAACCCGGUUCAACUUCCGCUGAAUGCUGCAAUUGAAGCCAUCCGAUGA